AUGGUUUUUACAAUUAAUAAUAAAGUGCUACGUGCGCAUAAAACAAUUAUUUGCGCUCGAUCGCCAGUUUUUGCUGCCAUGUUCAGUAACGAAUGCAAAGAAAGCAAAGAAAAUAAAGUGACUAUUUCGGAUAUCUCUGUUGAAGUUUUCAAAGAAGUACUUCAGUUUAUUUAUACUAAUCAUGUUAAUCAGAUGGAAGAAUAUGCUAUGGAACUAUUGAUUGCAGCAGAUAAAUAUCAAAUUUCUGAGUUGAAAUCUAAUUGCACAAAUUUUAUCAUAAGUAAAAUAUCUACUCAUUCAGUUGUAGAACAUUUAAUUAUAGCCGAUCAAUACAAUUUUGUGCGGAUUAAAUCCAGUUGCCUUGAUUAUAUUACAA